GCUUCCACAGCACGGCGAGCGGCACAACGUAUACGGCAGAGGACACCUCGAGUGCCAGCUUCGCCCGAGUCGCCGUCACCACCGUGCCUGCGCGAGAUAUGUCCUUGGCACAGCUCACGUACAGCGUCGAGUCCAAUCAGACGAUCGCUGGGCCCGACAAGACUUCGUCGUGCGAGAGGAGUAAGGGGCAGCGUUCGGCGCUGACCAAGCGUCGUGCUUGCAAGUCCGAGGGACAGCGAAGGGCAGCAGCGUCUCUGCUAGCGUCUUCUCGACAGCCUGCUGCUCCGACUGCACCGGAGACCGAUCAGCGUGGACUCGCGGCCAGCCACAGGCCUCGGACGACGUCGCAGCAGGUCCCCGGACUCGUGAACGUGGGACGAAGAGGACCAACCCAUACCACGGAGACAACCCAGUGGACUACCGGGUCUUCGUCGGCGUUCCCCUUUAUCGGCCUCCCCGUCAGUCCCGUGGCGGCACUGCCGACACUCGGCAUUCGGGUACACCGGGCACAGCGACCUGAGCAGCAGCGUCGACAGUUCCGCCACUACCAGCAGCAGCACGAGCAGUGGUACAACUACCAGCAGCGCAAACAGCAGUGACAGCGCCCCUGUGCGGCCUCCUCGUGUAGCGCGCGUCAGCAGCAAGGCGGCCGUGGCCCCGAAGACCAACAGCUGCGCCGUCGAGUGCACGCGACGGGACGUGGCCACGGCGACAGACAUCCCUCCGCGCGAGUACGAGAACCUCUUGGGUGACUGGAUGGGAGGCCGCGUCCCUCUGAUGGUCGGCGCCGCGCUGUUGACCGCAUUGCUGGUCGCCUCUGCGGUGGCCACCACGGUCGGCAUCAUGAACCGCCACUCGACCGCGGCGCCUGUCGACGAACAACGCCUACGCGACGCCGUCGCUGAAUUAGCAGCCACCAGACCGCUGCUGCCUGGAGUGCCGAUCCCGGAGAACCCACUGCGAGACGAUCCCGGCGCCCCGGCUGACGAGGCGCUCACGGAGGCCGCCUGGAAGAGGCCGUCCACUGCCAGCGAACCGGUCGACGGGGACUCUACCGCUGAGCAGCCGGCUGCCGGAUACGGCAACGCAAGCGGCGGCUUCGUGACUGCCGAGAAUCCGCUGGAGCAGCCAUUCCGGAGAUCCACGAGGCCCGAAUGCGGCGUCGUCUUCUACACGUACUGCCGGGAGCCGCGUAGCGAGUUCGUCUACCGAGCCUCCAUCAACGCCUGCCUGGCCACCGGUGACGACCACCCAGCGCAGCUCUGCAACCGCGGCCCCAACCGGUUCGCUUCGUGGCGCGAAUGCGAGAGGAGCUGCGUGCUAACCCAGCCGCCACGCGAGGCCUGCCUCGACAAGACGCUUCUACUCGGGUGCCGGAGGCAGGACGUCCGCAGGAGCUGGUGGUGGUUCGAUGGCCGGGUGUGCCUUGCCUGGAACUUCCCCUGGGGUGGGUGCCCGGCAAACGGCAGUGCCGUGUUCCCCACGGCCGGCCAAUGCACGGCCCACUGCACCAACCCUCGCUACCCACCCUGUACCGCGCCACGGAGCGCGCCCUGCGGCAGCGCGCAGUUGAAGUUCCCUUUCUUCGCGGCAGAGGUGCCUUCGUCGGCGGUGCAGGUCGAGAGGCGCUGCUUCAGGCUGACGCGGCGCGUGCUGGAAUCGCACCGGUGCCUGACCGGCGCCAACCGAUUCCUCACGAAGACUGCUUGCGAACUGACGUGCAAGAAGGCGCCGACGCGGCCCUGAUGGCGCGACCUGAGGGCUGGCGACAAAGUAGAUAUAAUUGCCGUCGCGAGACCUCAGGGCUGGCGACAAGUAUAUGUAGCAAUGGAAUGACAGAAAUUUAU